AUGGAUACCCGUCUAUUUUACGGAAAAAGACAAGGGAGAAGCUACAUUCCUCCAGAAAGCAGGGAUGAGGACUGUUUUGACAGUGAUGACAGUGAUCUGGAUAAAACCUACGUUCCUGAACGUGAGUUACAGCAAUAUGAGAAGUUGAUUGGAUUUUCGCUACAGUGGCAAAAUUUACUUGUUCUAAUAUACAACUCUUUACAGUUCUUUUCAUGCUCACAAUCAGGUGACAGUAGCAGCAGCGAAGAAAACUGUGAUGAGUCAGAUGAAGUGGUAUCGCCUUGUGUUCCAAACACAGAGCAGAUAGUUGAACCUGAAGUUGGUGAUAAUCAUCCUCAGGCACAAUGUCCAUCUCGUUGUAAUGUGCCGAAAUUGAACCUUCUUUGGAAGAGGAAGACGGUAAAAUCUGUAUUUCCUUCUCCUGUUUGGACUGGAGAAAUUCCACCAUCUACAGAAGUAUUUUCACCACUAACGUACUUCAAAAAGAUUUUUGAGCCAAGGAUCAUUGACUACGUAAUUCAACAAACAAAUCUGUAUUCGAAGAAAUGUGAUGUGGCCGACGCCUUCAGUGUUAACUCUACUGAAAUUGAACAAUUUAUUGGUAUUGUAUUCUACGUGUCACUGAUUGCUAUACCUGGGAACAGAAGAUACUGGAACAAGAAAUGUGAUGUGAAACAAGUAUCUGAUGUAAUAACGCUACGCAAAUGGGAAAAAAUAAAGAGAUUUUUACAUUUUUCUGACAAUACUCAGCAACAUUCUGCGCCUGACAGACUGUUCAAGGUUAGAAUGGUAAGCGAGAUGCUGCGAAAAAAUUUAUCAAAAAUACCAAUUGAAGAACACCUUGCAGUGUACGAACAAAUUGUGCCAUUCAAAGGUCACAGUAGCUUGAAACAGUAUAAUCCCAAGAAACCAAAGAAGUGGGGCUUCUAUUCUGGACCCUUCAAUCAACCCAGUCAUCUUCCUAAUGUAAACGCCAGUGGAAAUGUAGUGCUUAGAUUGGCUGAAAGAAUACCAAAGUACAAAAAUCAUAAACUGUUCCAUGAUAACUGGUUCUGCAGUCCAGAGCUUCAAGUUGAGCUGGUAAAAUGCGGUAUUCACAGUCUGGGAACAGUACAGUUGAAUAGAGUGAGAAACAAUAAGAUGCCAUCUGAUGCUGAAAUGAAAAAGCAGGGAAGAGGCACAUCUGUUGAAUCCACUGCAUCAGUUUCUGGAUAUGACCUGAUUCUUGUGAACUGGCAAGACAACAGGUGUGCCAGCCUUCUGGGCACCUUUUCAGGUACACACCCAGAAAGCCAGGUUGCAAGAUAUGACAAAAAACAAAGCAACACAUCCAAAUAA